GACCAUGAUGCGGUUGGAAAGGAGUGUGGCGUUUGAGAAAAAAGAGACUUGGUUCGAUUCUAAGGUCUCUCUUGGUCUUGGUCCUGUCAGACUUAGGAAGUCCUGUUUCCUGAUCAGUGUGGUUCUCUGCGUUGGUGUCUUGUCCCUGGAGAUGUACUUUGUGCACCAAAAGAAAAACCUCCUCGAGCGACAAACAGUGUCAGAUAUGGAUCUGGACAUAAGUGUCGACAGAAAAGACUCCCUUCAAAUGAAUAUUACUAAUUGGGACAAAAUGGAAAUACGUGUACAGCAGAACAGAAACAAACCAACGCUUUUGAAUAUAACUGUUGAUUCCAAUUCGUCUGAUAAAUCAGUAUCAGAACUUUAUUCUGAACUGCAAAGAAUGAAAGAAAAUAUUUCAUAUUCCUUAAAUGAAACACAGGAUGUUAAGGAGGCAAACGAAAAGAUGGAAAAUAUUUCAUCACCAUCCAUAAAAGGAAAACAAGGUGCGACUUUUAAGAAAGAGCUCAAACUUUCAAAACCUUCCUGCAGUGCGUUAUUUGCAGGAAAUGAAUUCGAAAAAGCAAGAUCGAUCGCAUUUUCUAACAAGAAUCCAUAUUCGCCAAAGACCGACUACACAUUGGCAACGAGAAGUUGUAAAGAUUUUGUACGAAACAGGGGCUACAUAAUAAAUUCGAACCCCGAGGAGACUGGGUUCCCUAUCGCCUUUAGUAUAGUUAUGUACAAGGAUGUGGAGCAGGUGGAGAGGCUUCUCAGAGCCAUUUACAGACCGUCUAACAUCUAUUGCAUCCACAUGGACGGUAAAACAGCUGUCCAAGUACAACUUCAGAUGAAAAGUAUUGUUACCUGUUUCCCAAAUGUGUUUUUUUCAUCCACGCAAAUUAAUGUUAAGUGGGGAGGCUUUAGCGUUCUGGAAGCCGAAUUAGUGUGCAUGAAAGAUCUGCUGAAGUAUCCUGGAUGGACAUAUUUCAUAAAUUUGACUGGUCAAGAGUUUCCCCUCAAGACUAAUUUAGAGAUUGUCCGGGUUCUGAAGAUUAUGAAUGGGGCGAACAGUGUUGAUGCGAACAACCAAAGGAGGUGGAUGCAGAGACGAUGGGCAAAAGCGUUUCCUCCGCCUCAUGGAAUACAUCCGUAUAAGGGAAACGUACACGUUGUUGUCUCCAGAGGAUUCGUGGAUUAUGCUAUAAACGACCCUGUAGCUCAGAACUUUACUGAUUGGCUGAAGCGUACCAAAGUUCCAGAUGAAACCUUCUUUGGUACUCUGAACAAUAACCCGAAGCUACGUGUGCCUGGAUCGUCCUUAGAUCGCAUCAGUACAGACUAUGAUCUAAAGCCUUACAUCGCCCGGUUCAAAAACUGGGGACCCCAAUGGGGAGAGAAGUCAUUUGAUUGGCCCUGUAAAGGCAAGCGCGUGAGAAGCAUUUGCAUUUUUGGAGUGGGGGAUCUGCCAUUGUUGUCCUCUCGGAGAGAACUGUUCGCCAACAAGUUCCACAUCGACUACCAGCCUCAGACAUAUGACUGUAUGGACGAAUGGAUCCGGAACAGAACGUUACAGGAAUACAACGGAACUUUUACUAUGAACUAUGACUUUUAUGAAAACAUGCCCCACUCAAAGUAUAUUUAUAGAAACGCCACAGUGAACUGAGUGUACCUUGACAGCAUUCACUUGUUAAUCAUUUAGAUACAAGUGAAAGGUUCACACGUCUCGGCUCAAGGGGGCCACUGGCCACUUGGGCAUUUUGGCAGGC